AUGUUUGAAAUGUAUAUAGAAGCUACUGUGCGAGGCUACCAUGCAUAUCUUGAUAAUGCAUCUGUUCGGAUUGGUGAAAUAUUGGCAUGCGAAAUGGAGCUCGACAAUUCUCACGACAAAUAUGCUGUGGCGGUCAAAAACCAAGAUGGAAACCUGGUUGGAGAUGUACCAAAGGAAUUAUCGAGGCUCUUUCAUAAGUUCCUAAAUGAUUUUGGAGAACUUGAGGCAGAAUGCAUUGGAAAUAGGCUCAAUGCAGGGAAAGGAAAAGGAGUUGAAAUCCCUGUGGACUACAGACUUGUGGCCAAUGAUUCAUAUCUGGGAAAGCUCAAGAGGAAAUUAUCUAAGAAGGACUUUGCUGAUGACAUCAACAUCAGUGAAAUUCAGCGAAUCACAGAAAACUCAACAAGAUAAAAAAACGCUCAUUGUUCAUAUAUCUAUCUAUCAGCCACAAGCAAAAACAAAUAAUGACCUCACAUUGACUUGAGAAGCUGAGGCAUUGCCCAUUGAGAGCUUUCGUUGUUUUGAUAUUUUGCAAUUAUUUAUUUCAUUGGGAUAUAUUUUGAUAUUUUACAUUUAAUAUUUUGUGAUUUUCACAGAGUUGGAGGUGGUCAGAAAGCUUUCUUUGAUACUGUAGUAGAGUACACUACUUGCAAAUACUUGGGGAAUUAUUUGAAUGGCAAACACAAUAG